AAGUGAUAGAAAGAAAAUUACUCUAUUACUGUUAUUUCCUAAAACAAGAACGAAGCUGUUCGCGAUUCGCAUCCGCCGCCAAUCUUCGCCCUCCGCUGUCGGCCCCUCCCCAGUCGCCGUCGUUGCCUCAUCCUUUGACUUUUUCCAGUCAAAGAGAUACUCUUUGUCCCUUUUAGAAAAGCACAUACAUCCACCACUGGUUGCCUCAACAUCGGCAUCGACUCUGUUCACCUGACUUUGACAAAAACACCGACAUAAUCAGGAGAGGCAAUCGAGAUCAUUCAAACACCAGGAACAAGUGUAGAGAAUAGUUAAUUUGUCUACCUUUUAUCUCCUGCAAGACUUGUUUGGCUCACUUCCUACCGUCUUUGAUAGUUUGAUCCAUGGCCACCACCCCGGAUAGAGAACCUUGCCCGGACCGUAUCUUUGAUGACAUAGGUGGAGCUUUUGGGAUGGGUGCUAUUGGUGGUGGAACUUUCCAUUUCUUGAAAGGAAUCUACAACUCACCUAAAGGCGAGCGUUUGAUUGGGGGUUCUCAAGCUGUCCGCAUGAAUGCUCCUCGUGUUGGUGGUAGUUUUGCGGUAUGGGGUGGGCUUUUUUCCACAUUUGACUGCACAAUGGUCUACAUGAGGCAGAAAGAGGAUCCUUGGAACUCUAUCAUAGCAGGCGCAGCAGCUGGAGGCUUUCUGCAGAUGCGUCAGGGAAUGCGUGCUGCUUCUCGUUCUGCAUUUUUUGGUGGUGCUUUGCUUGCAUUGAUCGAGGGAGCUGCGAUAAUGGUAAACAAAGUUACGAGUGCACCGCCGAACUCUCCUCCAAUGGAAGAGCCUGUUCCAAAUGUGGCUGGCAUGCCUGGGUACCCCAUGGGGCAACUGCCUGGUCAACCUCCAGUAAAUGUUCAGAGCAUGGACGAAGGAUCUUCUUCGUCUCCAUCAUCUUCUUCAUGGUUUGGAGGCCUCUUUGGCAGAAAGGAGGAUACAGCUCCUAGUGAUGGAAGCGAGACGAAGGUCUUGGAGAGCUUUGAUGCUCCAAAUCCUCCAUCAUUCGAGUACAAAUCAUGAAGAAGGGACUAUCUGUCAGGUUUCAGCAAUGGGAUCUACACGAGCUUGGAGGUUGAUGAAAUGAGGACUUGCAAUUUGUAAUAAAAGCUUCAUUGCUGUUUUGUUGGUAUUGAUCAUCUAGUUUCGCCUCUUUAUAGGCAUUUUGGUAGUAUGAAAUUAAAACGUGCCUUUCAUAUCAGGAACUUCUAUUUAAUUCAUGAAUUAGAUACUUGUAGUUGCCAUAGUUGUUUUGAAGUUAAGACAUGAUAUAGGGCAUGUUGCUCCAUUUUUGUUUACAAAGUUUUGUUGUCGCGUUUCCCA